AUGGCUCAACUUCCAUUAUGGGGCGCCGGGCCCAAUCAAGUCAGGGCUUAUUUGGCCGAUCUCCUUAUUUACAAACACGAUGCCUCCUCCCAAUCCGCGAAAUCUAUCUCCGAUCUAUGGCAGCUAGGCCAAGGACACGACCUGCGUCAGGCAAAUAUGACCAAUUUCAUUGAUAUAUUUGGGGAGCCAGCGGGUCGGUAUCUGUAUCGAACCGUUACCGAAGAUUUCCAAGUCGAGUGGCGGGCCUCUACCUUAGGCAUGAUCAGCUUUUGGACUUCUUCUAUUGCAUGCGUUGCUGCCGUCUUCUUCGUCAUCCGAGCGGCUUGCGUUCGCUCAGAUGUGCAGGUCAAUCGAAGCCUAUCCCUCGCGGCCUUUUGUGGGCCGGUAAUGCUCAUUAUUGGGAUUUUGGAGUGCUUGCACUGGGGUAGUACCUUUUAUUCCAUAAUGACUUGGGUGGGGUUUCUUAUGACUCCUCUUGCGGUAGUGGCCGCUUUCUAUGCCCUUGAGACUUGGGAUACAUCGUCGGGGGCGAGAGCGAAGUAG